CACGCUGUCGUCGCCGGCUUCUCUCAGUGUGACUGGUGCACCCUACGUGUGAGCGAGCGUUUUUCGUGGCGUCGUCUGUGGGCUCGUCCGUCUCGUCUACGGGAGAGAGAGAGAGAGAAAGAGAGGCAGAAAGAGAAGGAAGACGAACGGGAAAAGGGUUUCGGAAGAGGAGGCGUAGGAGGAGGUGGAGUGAGGCGGCCUCGGUGACGACGUGCGACAUCGCAGACUGUAAAAACCACGUUAAUUCGCGUAUCAAUCGUUAAAAGUGUGUCGAUUUAAAUCGUCGGCGGCGGUUCCGGCGUGAAACGCGACCGGCGACGUGUGUACGCGCGCGCGCGCGCGCGCUCCCUCGCGCUCACCAUCGGAAAUUGCGUUGCACACCGGGGCGGCGCGGACGGCGCGGUACGUACCGGCGCCGGUUGACCCUGACAUUCGAGAGGCACUCGUCGUCUCGCGCGCGCAGGAGCGACAUCGCGCUUGUUGUGUUCCGACUCGUCGACGGUGAACGAAGGAGCGAAGACGCGGAAGGACGAAGAUCGCGGGUGCACCGUUUUUUGUGGAUUCAGUACCGAGACUUCUUUUAUUUUUCUCUUCUCCGCGGCGCGUCGUGUCGCGUCGCGGUCUUAUCCCGCUGACCUUGACUCCGAUGCGCCAGCGCGUCGACGGAAACGCCGAGGAACGUCAGCCCGUGUUCCGAGCGGUGUUUACGCGCGGUGUGUUGCCGAUCGCGCGACCGGCCGCGGCGAUUCCCGUUGUGACACGCGACGCGAAAACGAAUGGACCCUGACUCUUCGGCGAGGCGGCGCCUUGAUAUCGCCGAGUCGAGCGAACCGGUUGCUCUGUCGCUCGAUCUCACGCCCCCUCGUCGCCGCAUCUGUAUAUCUAUCGCGCGUGAGGUGUGCCGGCCGGAGAUGAAGAAGUAGAAAAGGCAGACUGUAACGUGUGUGGCCAUAACGAAGCGCGCGUUCCCUGCCGCGUCGACAUCAUCCGCGCGACUCUCGAGCGUAUCGCGAGAACAACGUCACCCGUCGAGGAAGAGCGACUUAGCGGAAGAGAACAGCCGACCUUGACGUCGAGUCGAGUCUCUAGGGCGAUCUAUAUGGCACCGCGGCGUCACGCCAACGGCGGCCACGGCGGCGGUGGCGGCGGCGGCGGCCUCGGCCUCCUGGAGAACGGAGGCGGGGGCGGCGGUGGCGGUGGCAUUGGCACCAACGAUCCCAUGGACAACCUGCUAGGCCCGAGCCAGACGACGCGCUGCUGCACUCCGACCGGCGAGUGCCUGCGCGGCGACACCCUCAUCCGCCUAAACGCCCUGCACGACGCGGUCAAGGUCACCUGCAACAACGACAACUGCCCGGUCGGCCAGUUCAUGCAUCGCGAGUGCUUCGACGCCUGGGAGCAGACGGUACUUACGUACCUGAAGAGCUGCGGCCGCGCCCGCAGCUGGUCCGAGCGUCAGCGUCACCAGAAUCUCUGGACGAAGAAGGGCUACGAUCUCGCGUUCAAGGCGUGCGGCUGCCGCUGCGGCCGCGGCCACCUGAAGAAGGACCUCGACUGGAUGCCGCCCGGCCUCGGCAACGUCCCGGGCAAUCGCCCCGACGAGAACGAGGCGAAGAAGAAGAAGCGACGUAACCGUCAGAACACCCGGCCGAGCCUGGCAGUGUCGGCCGGCCCGCCCAAUCACGGCAACCACGUCGUCGCCGCGAACGGCCGCGGCACCAGCGAGGCCCAGAUGAUCGAGUCCGGUCGCGGCAGAGCCGGCUCCUUGUCGUCCAGCACCGGCUCCAGCUCGCCGCCGGCCACCAGCGAGCCCAGCGUCAGCCCUCUUCACCAGCCGCAGGCAAUCAUGAAGAAGAAAAGUAAAGUCGACUUUUUCAGCGAUCGCGCGAGACAAAGCUGCGGCGCCAACGGCAUCUUCUCGCGUCGUCUGGAUUUCAGCGCUUUCAACAGCCUGCCCCGCACCAAGCUUAACUCCUAUCAUAUUAAGAUGGAGGACGAGGGAAAUCACGGCAACGACGACACCAGAUGCUUCAUCCUAUCGACAUUGGCCGCUCUGCAGUGGUCUCGAGUUACGUGCGUCCUUUGUCGCGCUGCCAUGCUGGUUUUCGACAGGUACCCGCUGGUGGACGGCACAUUCUUCUUGUCACCCAGACAGCAUUCGCCCGCUUGUGCUGAGGUGAAGGUCGAAGGUCGUACACAAUUUUUGUCAGCCGUAUGCAUGAGUUGUUUGGAGGGCGGCGGGCAACCUGUACGCUGCCGUUUCUGUACCCAACCGUGGGAUGGUUCGAGCUUGGUCCUCGGCACCAUGUACAGCUACGAUAUCUUCGCUGCCAUGCCCUGUUGCAGCGAACGACUCAAGUGCAACAGCUGCCAGAAACCCCUGAUCUACCCUCAUCAGCGACUGAACUUCUACUCGGACUACAGCCGCGUCUUCGGCUGCCCGCACUGCAGGGCGGUCGACGCCCACUUCGUGAAACCGCUCUCGGCCUGCUUCACCCGCGAGCAGUUUCAGCUCUACAGCCAGUGGCCGUAACCAUUAGAGAACUUAGCGAACCGUCGCCGUAUGCGCACCACUGCGGCCGACUUGUAUCCUCUCUUUUACAAGUCGAUCUCCCUGUUCCGGACGACCGUAAUCUAGAAUCCUCCUCUCGCGACCUGUAGGAGAUUUUGACGAUGGCGAACGCGCACAGGGGCCGCCGAUCUUUCCUGGCGCGUGCUGUCGGCCGGAUCCACCGAUGUAUUAAUUCCUCGUCUCUUUUAUUUCGGUCGAUAGCUGGUCUUAUUACUUCGUAACUUCUUAGGAAUCUUUUUUUUAACAGUCAAAUGGCUAUACUAUGCGAUAACGGUACGACGCGCGAGCCCCUUGGCGCAUUCCCGUAGUACUAAUCAAAUUUAAGAUGUUUCUUUUUUUUAACGUCGAUUUUAGAUUUGUUUGUCUAGGUUGAUUCUAAGCGGGAGACGUCGAAUUAUUAACGUUUUUCGUUUGACGAUGCGCGCGAAGCGAGACUUGCAAAAUUAGUGUAAUUUUAUUUCUCCCGUAAUGUUGCUCUUUAAGUGUCUUAAGGCAUUUAUUGUACGUUUUGUUGGACCAACGACAAUUAAUUUUUUAUUAGUAUACAUUGUUUUGACGAUUGUCAUUACGGACGUGUUUCUCUGACAUAGGUGAUUUUUAACUAGCAAAAUGUUUUGCAAAAAUUUGCGUGUCAUCAUUUAUGCAUAAAAUUUUUUACGACCAACUGAAUCAUCUAUCUCAGACGGUUUCGAAUACUUUCGGAUGACAAGUGAUAGCUUCGCCGUCUCCCGUUUCAUAAUAUAUAGUAGAAUUGCUUUAAAAAAAUAAUAAUAAUAAAUACAUGAAAUAAAUUUAGGCGGAGAUAUAUAAAAGAUAUUAAACACAGAGAGAAAGGUCGACUUCCUUUAUUGUAAACGUGUAUAAAGAAAAGAAGAAAAAAGGCUACUUUCUAGGAAAGAUUGGGAGGGGAUAAGAAAGAAGAAAUAACUAUCGUUUGUUACUUAGAUAAUCGAGAACACGUUGUUUUUUUUACAUUUUAUUAGUUUAUACGUUUAUGGCGGCCAUGUUGAUUUUGUUUAAGGAUCUACGACUCAUUCGAUGGGUUUUCAACGUUGAUUCGGUCGGGCGCGCGUCACGACUUUCCGCGAUUCCGGGACAGGAGCGUUGCUGCCGUGAGAGACGGGCGAAAUUCACGCCGGUCGUAAAAGGUAAAAGGUAAACUCAUCGGAAGAAAAUACCAAUCGUUUUUGGGACUACCGCUCGCGCUGUGUACACACGCGUUUUUUCGUCUAGAUGAAAGAGUGCACGGCUCCCUCGUUCCUCCGAUCCCGUCGUCGCUCGCUCGAGUGCAGGACGAUUCUCGCGGAAAGUCAUGAUCGUCCGAGGUAGCCAGUGUAUAUAACAUAUUAAGUGGGAGAGAAUCAAGUGUGUUUGGAGAGGAAGAGAACCUCCUUUUUUUUCUGGCGAUGCUGGUCGUUGCUGUCCACCAAUAGCGGCCGUCCCACAAACAGACCGCCCACCGUUCUCAAGGUAGUAUAGUCGAUCGUGUACCUUUUUUACGUUACUUCGAUUAAAAAAAAAAAAAGUAUACUUAAUCCGUACGUCGGGAGGUAUAUUUAGGAGAUAAUACAAUACCCCCCCGCGUGUGUGUGAGGCGUAACGCGAUUGAAGAUCGUGAAGCUGCGCGGCUACUUCUUUAUGUCUUCACGUAGCGGUUUUUUCUUCGUUCGUUUUUGUUUCUCCAUUGGUCAUGUGUCCGAUUGACGACAGUAUGCAUUUUUUUAUAUGAGCGAUGUAUGUUUUUUUUUUAACAGUAUACUACGUGAAAAAUCUAUGUUUAAAUUUUAUUUCGCUGCACGGUGUUAUCAAUUCGAGAUACACAAAAAUAACGCGGCAACUGUAGUUUUUUAAAUAUUUUUUUUUUUUUUAAAUUUGAACUUUCCAUAUUUUUUCGUAUGUAAUAUUUGUAGUUAUUUUUACAGUUUUAGUUAUUUGUAUGCUCUGCGAAAAAAGAUACUAUCGUGAUGAAAGAGACAAAAAGAAGAACGAUGUUCAUAUCUUUAGUAGACACGAAUUUCUCUUCUGCGUAUCAUAUAAGAAACAAUUAAUGAUGACAAAUAAGAAAUAAAAUGAAAUUUUAAAAAUUAUUAAUGUGAAGUAGUCACGCAGUUUCGUUCACGAUUCAUUGGAAGAUCGAAGGAGAGUGAGAUAAGGAGAUAGGGGGUCAAAAAACGAAAAAAAAAAUAUGAAAAAAUAAUGCACAGGAAAACGCUCAGCCAAUGGCGAAUUGAGGAUGUAUCCAGUUGGAGAAAAUCUCAUUCUUGGACAGCCAACGAGUUGGCGAGUCGGACAACUCGCGCGUUUCCUGUGCGCGAAGAACUAAACUCCCGCGUUAAUUAAUUUCUCGCGCGUUUAAUGCCGGAGGCAAGGACGAUCGCGUCUGAGUCCUUCUCCGAUCGUUUCGUCUCGACCGUACGUUUUCUCAGAGUGCCAAAUGAGCAAUUGCCAAGCAAAAGCAGCGUUUUAGUAUUCUCUAUCUUUCGUCCGUUUUUUUUUCCAAGAUUCGUUUUGCAAUUCGUAUCUUCGUCGUUCUUUGUCUGACCGUUAUCGAACUCGCCACCUUCGACAAUGCAGAUUAAAAAGCGCAGUACGGCUGCUCGAUCGAUGGCGAAAGGAACUUGAAUUUCGUUUUCACAGCACGUGCGAUAAAAAUUUCGAGCGACGUUGGAGGCAUCGAAAUGGGCUCAAUUGUCGCCCUCAAAAUGAGGCGAAGUCUGGAUCUAUAAGAAAAUAUCGCUAUUUCGAACCUUUUCUUUGUUUUUCUGCGCGAAGUUUUAUCGAGACGUAAGACACACAAAAUUGGUCUUUAGAGAAAAAAAAACCUGCAAUGCGUCUACGCAUUUUUCAAGGUAAGUGAAACAUUCUUUUCAAAAUUAACGCGACCAAACCAGUUCCAAAUCGUUUCAAGUUCCUCGUACGAUCGGAAGCGUGUACGAGAAAUUUUUCUUAAUCACUUAUGAUGCGUGUGCGAUGCACGCGUCGCCUGUACUCCCUACUGCUUUCAAUUUUUAAUAAGAAUCGGCGGUAUUGUGCGCUAUUACUCGCUCCUCUGAGUUCCUGUCGCGAGUAAAAAGAGGAAGGAGUCAAGAAGAUCGAGUUUCAAAAAGUUACGAUUAUUUAUCGCGACUUUACACGGAUUCACGCGAUCACGAGAAUUAUUUCAUUAUGUAGAUUUAUAAUAAAAAGAAUUACGAGAGAGGCUCCUCGCGUUUACUAAAUAUUUAUAAACGCAUUUUUUGUUUCUCACUUUUCCUCGUGUUCAUUGAAUGUGGUGGUGGUAGAAAAUUUGAGAAUCUUUAAAUCUGGGAAUUUUGAAAGUAUUAAAUUACGCGAAAUAUACCGUACAUUAAUCUAUUUAUUUUAACGUACUUGUUUUAAUGAAAAAAUAACGAAAAUGGAGAUAAAUGAUAAGUAAUAAUACGGAAUAACAAUUUUAUAUAUGUAAGUCUUUGUUAAUAAUUUAGGGACAAUGAACACAGUAUCUUAAAUGUUUCAUUGAAAAUAGAGAAAAAUAGUGAUUGUAGGAGCCUUUCUACAGAAUCUAGACAAUUUUUGGCAAUGGCUGAUCAUGUUAAUGUGUCAGUAAGCGUAGAUUAGAGGCGAAGUCGAGAAUAUUGAGAUUCGGAGUAUCUUAGCUUUUUCUUCUAUUAUAAUUUCGUACGCGAAUACAUGUGGACGAAAGUCCCAGUCGGACUCGAAUUUCGAGUCGUCGGACUGGAGAAGUGAUGAACUUACGGCAGAGACAAGAAGAGUCGUCGCGAGAGGGGAGGGGGAAAAAGGAUACCUUUUUCGCUAUUGAUGGUGCCGUAGCAAGCUGCUGCUUUUUUUCUAAGAGGACAGCAAGUGUCUUUAUCAUCGAUCGUGCGUCAACGCACGACGGCGCACUUAGCUCCGUAGUUGAUAAGGCUAAUGUUACAUUAGGGUAAUCUUUUUUAUUCGGGUAAUUAACUAUAGCGAUUUUGUACUUUUGCUAUUUUUAUCCAACGGCGUGGGUUGGAAUCGCGCGACGGGAAACUGUCAGCGAGAUCUCGCUGCUAACGGCUUAUCGCGCUGUAAAAUCGCCCAACGUUAGUCCGAUUCACGAGAGUCCGGUAUAAAGAUGCGUCAUAUACAAUGAAGUUGGAGAACACUGUUUCCCAAGAGCUAUCGUGGAAGUUGCGCGGAGUUGCCGGAAGGUUUGAGAGUCGAACAAAUAUAUCCCCCGGUGAUUCUCGGUGUCAUAUCUUACGAUAAAACCGACAAUCUUUGAAAGACGUCACGCGGAAGAUUGUCGAAAAAGUUCGACGCUUCACGGGGUUCCUCGUACGAUAUGCUCCACGUGCAGAGCACAGCACUGUGAUAUCUUCUUGAUCAGACUGGCCGGUAACAUCAUUGUGUUAGCCGAUGCUGAAAGUACGGUGGAAGAACGAAAGACGUAUGUGUCAAUUCAGUAAAAUCGAAAUAGCAAUACGAGCGACAAAUAAAUUGAGAAGAAGGGAAGAUUCGAUUUUGUUGAAAUUCCGCAUUACUUUCUUCUUUUUAGGGGGGAGAAGGGCGAGUUUGACUUCACAAAUUACGAAUGUCCUGUAUCUCAGGAAGCUAGUCAUAUCCAGCAAAUGGACGCGUUAUGGUGUCCCAUAACGCGUUUCUAGCGCAAACAACCGUUAGUCUGGAACCUCACAUAAGCAUACCAGUGAUUUCGAAUAUUGAACCUUCUGGAAACUUGUACGCGCAGCAUUCCUUCUUGCGAGGAAUUUCUGUUAUUUAAAAAAUUCACAGACAUUCGGGCUAACGAUAGGCAAUACAUAAGUAUUCGCGCUUUACACGAGCCAACAAAGUUGCAGCAUUGCGUGCGUUUUUUCACGCAUGUAUCUAUCCAUUAGCAAUUUCUCGUCGCGCCGUUCGCCAACGUUUGAUGUCGAUCUAGUGAACGUUUUGUAUAUCAGUGUUUUUUAUAUGGACGACUGGGGUACCAGCGGGGGUGGCGGGAUGAUCCUGUCGACGACUUUACCGAGCUUUUAACAUACUCGGUCUCGUCGACCAGACACACUGGCCUUCCUCGCUACCCGAAAGUUUACCGAAUAAUCGAUAUCUAUAUCCCGCGUUUGUGAAUUUUAUAUAAUCCGAAAAGCGUUCGCGUGGUACGUUUGUAUGGGACUAGGGGGGAUAGGGUUGAUGGGAGGGAGGGAGGGAGGAAAAGAGGGUUGAGUCUCCGUGAUGGAGUAGAGAGGUUACGAAUGGUUGAAUUAUGAAUAGAGUUUAGUGUAGAGUCAUUUACUUGAAAAGAAAAGAAGGUUUGAAUCAUCGAUAAAUAGUAAGUUUAUAUAGAACGACGUUUUCUCGUAGUUAAGACGCUCUUUCGUUUUCGCCGGUCGUACACCCGGCUUCCAAAGAAAGGAGGGUGAUAUAGGAGAGAAGGGGGCGGUAGGGGAGAGAAAGGGUGAAGGUGAGAUUUUGUCCUCGAGCUUUGCCUCGAGGAGGUGCGAAGACGUGCGCAGUCCUCCCCCCCUCCCGCGGACUCCAUUCCGGCGCCGCGCCGGUCGACUUUGAAUCGAGCGUGAUUGGAAACUCGGCCAAGAUCGAUGUUGGCCUUGAGAUAGAAAGUCGAUCUUGGGGAAUAUCGCGACGUGCGCCCUCCCUCCCCCGGAAACUCCAUAUCGGAAGUGGGCGAAAGAGGAAACUCGAAACCGAGGGAGAUCGCGCCGGUGAAAUCGAGCGACGUCUUCGAGCAAAAUCGGGUAGACGACCGGACGAAUCGUCCUAGUGAUAAGUUAUUGUGUCAUAUUGUGGAUGUCCGAGAUGAUUAAGAAAGAGAGACGAGGGGGAGAGGGAAAAUUUUAUUACGUACUAAUCAUAGUAAUUAUAUCGGUUGUUCAUCGGAACCCUUUCACGCGGCCUUGACGUGGCUACAGGACGUGAGGGAACGAUUUUCUCGUCGGUCAAAGUUCGUUUAAAUAAAUCGAUAUAUAUAUAAAAUAAAUGAAUAGAUGAAGAAAUAUAUAUAUAUGAAAAUAUAUAUAUAUAGAUAGAUAUAUAUAUAUAUAUAUUAUAUGAAAGAAUGAAUAAUACGUAUGUUUAAGAAUCAUCAAUUUUUGUCUUUUUAGCGAGUAAGAGUCUUUACAGCUGUGCUAGACAACUAUAGGUAUAUAUAUAUAUCGAAAUAUAUGUAUAUAUAAAUCUAUAUAUACGUACGUUCUCAACGUGUACGUCGCAAAUGUGCGCGAAACAACGUAUACGGGCUCCUUAGAAAUAUACCGAAAGAAAGAAAUCACACACGCACAUUCUUAUUACACGUACGCAACCGCACGCGUUAAAUAAAUCACACGAGUGCGCGUUCUACGGUAUCGAUGGUGAGACACGAGAGGAAGAUUCGCUUCACUUUCUCAGAUAUAAAUCACGGACAUAAACAGCGGAUUAUAAGGAACUUCAUCUGACGACACGUAAAGAUCGCAUCAUAAUAUCUGCCGUUAUCGAUAACGGAGGAUAAAUAUCGAGAAUCACAGACGCUAUAAAUGGCUGGAACCAUUCGUGUGGGACAAUUUACUCUAAUCGGGAGUGUCGAUAUUUCAUUUAUUAGUCGCAAAUAUUUAUUCGGUGAGCACAAGAGCCGAGAUUCUUCACGAUAUUGACAAAAGAAGAUAGCAGGCUAAACGGAGUAGUUAGCGAGUUGUUUUUCAUUGAGGAAAUAUAUAUUACAGAACUGAAAACAAAAUCUACGUGAAGUAUCGAAUGACCGGCGCCUUGAUCAAUCGUAAUGAUCUCUAUUUCGUCAACCGAAUUUUUUGCGCGCCGUACCACCCGUCAGAUCAACGUGCAUCCGUUUGUAAAAAUCACCUCGUGAUCUCUCGUCACAGUCAUGCGAUACGCGCACGCGUAACAUACACACACACGCAUACACAAAUACACAUUUCCAAUGAUGUCUUUAUUAGUCGCAGUCAUUGCAGCGAAUCGGGAGAUUGACAAGCAGUCAUGCUGACUUACAAUCGUGUAGCAGAGCAAAUGUAUUCUUCCUUUUUUGUCCAUAAUCCUCGAUUCUUAAAUGCAUCACGGUAAGAACUCGUUCAUGAAACUUUUGAUUAUUGAUUUGGUUUUCCCCUUUUUUUUUUAUUACGAUUUCCUGCAGCAUUAUUUACGCAAGCGUACGCGAGGGUACGCGAAAUGGUGAUAACUUUUUGUGAUCGAUGGGAAGGAGGCCCAACACUCAUGGUAGUAUCGCUCGAGCGAUCUUCUCUCUGGCCGAUCAAUUUCGGCAUGUAGAUUUGAUUCUAGACGAUAAAAUUAAUUUUCCUGACAAAUAAUUAACCAUUAAUAUUAUAAUCAGACGAUAAUUACUUUUACAUUGAUUGGAAAUCAUCUUUUUACAACUCGACUCACAUUUCUCUUAAAAUAAAUGAACAUUUAUAUAAUUACUAUAUUAUAUAUAGCAUUCGUGUUUUAUUUGACGUUUCCAUUUGGCGCUAAUAUUUAAUUGACAAAUCGUCCGGAUUCGAAUUCGUUAAGGGGUGUCCAAAAUACCUCCAAGAGCAGACUUCUUAAUUUCUUUUAAGGCAUUUGAAUCGCCUCGGCGGCGAUAUUUUCUUUAGAGUUUUCGCGUUUUUCUUCAAUUUAAUGGCUCGUUCCUCAGUUCAUUGGCUUAUUUUCUUUGCGUCUUCUUUCACUUCGCGAACAGAGCGUAGAUGCAGAUGAUGUUUGAUGUUUUGUUUUGUGCUUCUAAUGUGGUAAGGAUUGAUAAGUGAACACGUGAAUACAUUAGAUACAUAGAUAUAUACGUGCGUAUGUUAUAUCAGUGCGCAUACAUUAAGUACACAUAUAGUUAAUCACGUAACUAUUACCUACGUACUAUAUUAGAGGAAGAUCGCGCAAACAUUUAUUGCGUUGAGAACAAUAUCGCAGUUUUUCCAUUUCGUUUAUAUUAUUGGAUAUACGUACUAUUUGAAAGGCAGUUAUGUUUAAACCCCCUUUGCGUUUAAUGGCUCCGCGCUGAAACCGUUUCUCUGAACUUACCUGAGUGUUAACAGUUACCAUACCGCUCAAUCAGAGGAUUUCGAGGACGCGGUUUCAGAACGGGGAACAUAAUCUUCAAAGAGUUAAAUUCCACGUUCCGCGCACGUUAACCGUCACGGGUCGAUGAAGCCAAAAGAGACUCGCCGGCGGGCGAGGGUGGUCUUCGUGGUGGUUAACGCGCCUUUCGACCUAUAAUAUCUUGAUUGUGAUGUUAAUUCGUUAAUGAACGUUAACUCGUGUAUACCAUAUUCUCGAACCCGGUGUCGGCUUAAGUCGCGCGGGCACGCGUCGGCUUUUCGGGUGCCCCCCCUUCGCGUGAGGCGUUCACGCGAAGUCUGGUUCAAGGUUUCACCUGAAUUCCAUGCAUGAUUCGAACACGCGAAGUCGGCCGUGCCGCGCGGCAGCACGGAUUCUCUCCUGUUUUACAGACUAAAUAUACUUUCAGACGCAGGAAGAAAAAGAUGCAGAAUAGAGGGAGAGAUAUAUAUACGAUGGAAAGGGAGUUAUAUAUGUAGGGAUGCGGAUUUAGGGAAUCGAAUCGCGGCACGUCUAGGCUGCCCGUCGACGAACGUUACAUUCUUAUCGAAAGACGUACAAAGUGAGAAGAAUGGAUGGAAACGAUACGUGGUUGCGCUCAUCGCGCUCUAGACGCCGGAUUUACGCGAGAGACGAGUAUGAGAACACGAACCAGGAGGGGUUCGCGUCGGAAGCGAACAUCGGUAUCGAAGGGGGAAAUGAUCGCGCGGAAUUCCACGGAAUUCGCACCCCGCGUCUCUCGAUUAAGUUUCACAGAAAUACGAAAUCCCGCAGUGUCUCCUUCCCCGUCCGCCGAUGGCGAACGUCGACAUUCAAUGGAUUUAUCGAAUCCCCCAUCCUGUCCAUCUUCCUCUACCUUUCCCACCCCCCCCCCUCAACCCCUCCGCAUCCAUUCCCAAUUCCGUCGCUAAUCCUGUAAGUGAUGUAAUUAAUGUACGUUGCCUAAUGAUUGUUAUACUGAAACGUUAGAACGACGAAGAAAUUUUAUCGAGUGCGCUACUGGAGAGCGGUUUUGUUUUUCUCACGUCGGCGACUCGCGUGCACCCCCUCGUGUCCAUCGAUCGCGCUCUGGUCUUCUCCAUUGCCAACGUUUUUGCGAGAACCGUUUUGCUUAUAGAGAUUCUCGGGAUGAGGGAGAUCAAAGGGUGCUCCGGCGAGUCCGGACACUCUCGGAGGGAAAGAGGAGACCGUUCGUGAGACAAGGAGGGCACCGUUCGCCGACGUCAUAAAUAGUACACACACCGGCUGUCUUUCACGUUCUACGAUUGAAGGAGCCGAGCUCUCUCGAUCCCCCUCCGAGGAUUCGCGAGAUAAUGCGGCGAGGAAAUGCUGCUGUUAAGACGUGAAUGAUGGAAAAGUAACGCAUUUUUAAGUGAGAGGCGGGAACGCCUAGCUCAAGUGGGUCUCUAUCAAGAAGUGGCCGAAAUUGUGGAAUUUUUUGAACGAAUGCAGGGGGCUCGGCCGUAAUCGAGUCGAUUGGAUACGUUGGCCAAGGUACAAAUGUACAUAGGAGCAUAAUGUUGUUAUUAACAUAUAACGCUGCCGUCUCGCCUUUGCGUGUCUCUCUGACGACUAUACGUUAAAGAUAUCAUCGUGAAGCCGGAUUCUCUUUAUUAAUGGCGUUUGCAAUGUUAUUAAGUUAUUUUACACUCUUAUACUGUAGCGAUGAGUUCAGAGUAUCCUAUGAUACAUUACGCGACAUUUUUUAUAUUCACAUUCUUGGAUAUAAUCUUGCUAUAUUGGAAAUUCUGUACAUUAUAGUUCUCACGGACUAUAAGAAUGAACAAUCAAAUCAUUUAAUAGUGCUUCGCAUUUUUAAGACUGCGUGAUAUAUUUGCGACAAUUUUAAAAGAUCUACUUUCGCUAAAAAAAAACGUUAAAUUUGUUUAUAUUGAAAUGCAUAACAAUGUGCCAACGAGUUAUUUAAAAAUGCAGCAAAAGGGAAAAACAUAAGAACACAUUCCAUCAGUAGAGUCGAUACUGAUAUUUUGGUUGGUUCAAACUUAAUGCUCAAUUUGUCACGAACUCCUCAUGCUCCAAUUUCGAACUCAUCGCUCUGGUAAUGGCGCGAUGUCGGCGCGUGGCCUAAAACGAAUCCCAUUGACACAUAUACGAAACCGCUGAUGGAGCAAACGCGGAGGACACGCGGAGGCGGGGGAAUGUUCGUGAAGGACGAAGACGUGAAUAAAGAGCGGAUCGGUACGCAGGAUUGCGACAUUUGACGGAAGGUGUAAAAAGACAAUUGGUUCACGGCUCAGCAUAUUAGCGCAUUCUCGAAAACCAAACCACUUCCCGAUUGUAGCUCCCAACAUCCGCUUUCCUUUCCAUCUUUCUUUUUCGAGCCGUGGGCCAAUCGAAACUUCGCAGAUUUCAGGAAGCAAAUCGACGAUAGUAAUCACGCACGAGCGCACUGCGAAAUCGCAACUUCGUAAUCAAUGACGAAUAGUCGCGCACUUCUAAGACGAUAAGAUCGGUUUUCUUUCCUUUUUCCUUUGUCUUCUUCUUCUUUUAUCUAAUGUCGAAUUUUUCACGCAGCUUGCGGCGAAAGAUUGCGCGUGGGCGGUACACGCGUGGGCCUUUCGCGCGCGAGCUAGCUGCGAGGACACGCGUAAUUAAGGAUUUAACGGAACGCGCAUUAAUCGCUAGUUCGUAGGCUCCCCCUUCCCCUCCCCCGUUAUACCAAAAGUACCCGUUUGCAGCCAAUUUCCUUAGAGGGGUUAACCGAUGUGUCUGAAUGGCGUGUGGAUGUGCUACUCCCUUCCUAUUCGUGCAUUUAAUCGCACUCGUAGCGUAUACAUACAUACAUACAUAUAUAUAAUAUACGUAUAUAUAUAUACCCCUUUAAACCCACCCCUAUAACCCCGAGUCAGUAGAUUUAUGUAAAACGUCGUCUGUGUAAAUGGCGUCGUGUCGGAUUUGUAUUCGUAGGCAUAAUCAUUGCUGGAGAACCAUUCGCGCCCGUCGUCUUAAUCGCGAAGCGACUCUCCCUGGCACGCUAAUAGUUUACAGGUGCGCGUGACGGAUCUUCGAUUAAGCCCAAUUGACAAUUUUCCAAGUUCUCCGAACGGGCCGUUAUUCGACUCGGUGGAAAGUUUCGCUUUCGGCGUUAAAUCGAACGUCCGCAUGCGCGGGGUGGAUGGAUCACCAUUGCACCAUCGGGAAUAACGUGCUGGAUUUUUGUAGCGUAACCGACGUUUCUUCGCGUACGACCCGCGCGAAUGGUACCAUUUAAGUAGCUCGCGUUUCGCCCUGUAUGCUCCGCGGGCUGCGCAAUUGAUUUAUAUAUGCUGAUCCCGAGGGCUAAUAACGGCGUAAAACGACAACAGCAACGACGACGACGACGAAUGUACGUUCUUCGAUGUAUACGUACACAAGGUACCCGCGUAAGACUGUACGACGUACGUUUCUUGUCGUUUUUAAAAAAGGGAAGAUGUGUCACUGUAAAUCAACACCAAUCGCGACAGUAAUGCCGACUCGAUUGCGGCAAACUUCGUAAUGUUCUUUAUUAGUUUAGCUAACGGACACGCGAGAAUAAAGAGAAAAGAAAGAAAAAGUAGAAAAAAAUCGCGAAACGAAAUUUGACCGAGAAAGAGAGCAAUUGCGCAAAUUGAUCGACAUACGCUCUCGUAGUCGUCGCGCUUUUAAUGGGGGCUAAGUUCACGGUGGAUCUUAUAAGGGUAGACUUCUUUUUUACAAAAUAAAAAUUAAAAAAAAAUCGAGGUGUUCUUCGGGCGAACGCGGAUCAGGCGUUAAAAAAUAAGAUUCUCGAUAUAAGUUUCUUAGACGUAUUUCGGGCAUUUUUAUUCGGCUGUGUUAUAAAAAAAAAGAGUAAUACUGAAAAUACGCGCGGAGAAGCGACUUUAGAUUCGGUAAGAUCUCGCAAAUCUAGAUGAAUAAUUUUUGUACCCUAUUUUUUUAAGCGAUCGCCAAGUCGAUCACGCGAAGACGGAGAGAAGGGUUCGUGCGGAAAAUUAACACGGUAGUAUUUAUCAAAAUUAAGAAACGUCGUUAAGUUUAGUUUAAGGCAAGCAAUUCGUCGGCAAUUUCGGAAACGCCAAUGCAACGUUAUACGUUAGUAUCGAAUAUAGAUAUCGAAAAGGGUUCGGAAGUAAUCGAAGAUUCGCCUCUGCUUAGCCCUUCCGAUACGUUAGAGAUCGGCAAACCUUCCGUAACGAGGGGGGAAAAAAAAGAACAGGGAACGUGAACCGAGCGAGAGUAGAGAUCGCUGCGAGAUCGACGAUCGUGCCGCAUCGAAACGAUCUUCUGAGAAAAGCUAGUCCCUGCCCGAUGAUCCGCUCGGGCACGAUCGAUCGCGAAGCUUCCGCGUCGUCGCGAACGCGAGGCACUCGAAACGUUAAACCGUUUGCAGGGUGUGUCGUCGAUGUAAACCUUUGAUAAGUAAUCCCGUAUAAGUAUAUAGGGUACGCUCCUCUAUAAUCGCACUUUGAUCCGCCCUCGUAUCGGAACGAGGAUACGGCGGCGAAGCCUCGUUCGGAGGCCGCGCGUAGUUUUAAACACUUAACAAUUAGUCGUAUUACUUAGUCGUUUAAGCGAAUCGAGAGGAGAGAAACCGAUCGGACGGCAGGCAUGGAAGCGAUCCAAAAAAUAAAAAAAAGAAAUCAUAGUAGACACAAGCAUUUUGCAAUGCAAAAGCGAAUAAUCAUGCUGGUAGUGCGGACCAAACGGGACAACCGAACGGGAAGUUUGUGGAAAGGGGUGAAAGGUGACGAAAGGUCUGGUGUUUUUUCUACGGGAGGAAGCGCGGGAAAAAGAGAGAUAGAGAGGGAAAAGAAAGUGAACGCGUAAAAAGAAAUUGCCGCUCUCCAUCGGAGAUCAACAUCCGAUAUCGUUUGUAGUGAGAUUAAACUCGUAGAGUUUUUAAGGCACGGCGAGGUCUUCUAACGAUUGCACUUGCACAUCGAGACGUUUGUUUUAUACGUAUGCUGACUACAUUAUAUCUUAGUUCUUUUUUCUCAUGUCGAUCAAAGAGUACAUUGUUUUAAUUUUCACGAUUUCUUUUAGAUGAGCCAAAAGAAGCUCAUAAUUCUAAAAAUUAAAGAUAUAUAUAUAUGUCAUGAACCUGAAUAAUGAGGUUUUUUUGUCUGAAGAAGAUUGAUGAGAUAAAACCACCGACUGGCUUAUUUGCAAUGCAUACAAUUUGAUAAUCGUGAAAAAUGGGCGCGAUAUAAAAUAAAAUAAACCGCGCUGUUUUUUAUUUGUCAUUUCAUCAUUUAUUCAUCAGCUUCGUAAUCGUCGUAUUUUGCGACAGACGUCGUUUACGGAAAUCAGAUUCAUUCGUGUCUUCUCGAAGUCGUUACUGUGACGAACCGUAAUUGGCUACGCGUUUGACGGAUAUACAGCUAGUACACACUUAAGGACAGUCUAACGUUUCUUUACCGUAUCGCUGCCGACUUCGUCGUCAUUGGAGUCCCGGUUAACGAGUGAAUUCUUUCGAUUCCGCGUACAAUCGAGACUUCGAGCGACGUUAAAACGUCCCUGCCUUCUGAAACAUCGCGCACCAGACUUCUUUCCGAUUUCCUGUUUUAUCUCCCAUCGCGGACGUUUAGAUCUAUUUUUUUUUCCGAGGGCGGUGAGAGAGGAGCGGAGAAAGAGAGAGAAUAAGAACGGAGAGGAAAAAGAGAAGCGAGAGAGAUGGCUAUGAACGAUAAAAAGGAUGAAAGGAACGGAGAAAACAGUGAAUUGCGAUAGCCUUUCCAUGUCUUACUGCCCUGCCCUACGACUCUCGUUCGCCUUCCUACGAUCUUCGGUCGAGAGGGACAAAAAAGGACAACAAUCCAAAUAAAACGAACAAUCGGGUGGCAUCGACGAGCGCGAAAUCGCCACGCGCGCAAGAAGUCGCGAGCGUCGGAACUCGCGAUGGAUGUUGCGCGGGAUUUUUGUCGGAAAUAGGAGGGCAACGAGGGGGAGGGAAACGUUGAAGUUGAGGUCGCGCGAGGUCGGAGCUUUUUUCGAAGGAACCUACAAAAGGCGGUCAUAACGACGGUUUGGUAAUAUUAUAUAUACAUAUAUACGCACACAUAAUGGACAUAUACGUGUACACGUACAUAUAAUAGCGUGAUAAGCGAUAACGCGGUAAACGCAUAUUACAUAUUACCACUAGCGGUGUACGGUUUGAUCGAAAAUUUGGCUUAGAAUCGCUCACGGUUAACCAGUCCUUUUCGCGGAGAGAAAAUGGGACUCCUCAUCCUUAGGCGUCAUAGUUCGUAUCAAGUCCUAAUCUUGUAGGUACGUUUGCACGUGGUAAACAUAUAUAUAUACACACGCGUAUACUUAUGCAUUUUUAACGAAGCUAUUUCCCAUUCUCGUGUAGCUUAGUCGGAGUCACGAUGGGCUCGCGUCGCGACUUCGUAAAGAGUCUGGCGUUUUCCCGCACGCGCAUUCUUCUAUCGUGCUAAAACGGUGAAUACAGAUUGGCAGACGGAACUCGCGAGCAAGGCUACGUGAACGCAAUCGUGACUCAGUUUAGCGGUCGUGAAUGAAAGAAGAGUGAUUGCGGUUUGCAAGGAUCUUUUAACCAUCGCCUGAAAAAUUAACCCAUCUUACUCCGUUUUCCCGAUCGUACCCUACCGAGCUCCUCACCCGAUUUCUCGCCACUGAGUUCUCCAUUUCGUUCGACCGUACCGGUUUCAACAAGGAUACAAAAAAAAAAUGAUAACGCGGCCCGCGGCUGUCCAAUCGCGACAUAUAAAUGUGUAAAAUCGGUAAAAGAGUCGACAUGUUCUAUCACAUAAAAAUCACUGCGCACACGUACAUGACCUUCGUCUUUUUACCUUAUUUCAAUAAGUAGCGAUUUAGAUAUAUGAAUGGUAAUUUUUGGACACGACCACACUGUAUUUUAUUUUUAAAACAUCAGGGUGAUCGAAAUUUAUAACGCAAGUUACGGAAUCUGACGAUUUAUUUACCAUGUAAAUAUUUUAUCAAUCUUGUUCUUGCGAUUGGACACCUCGCGUGCCUCGUUCGGUUACCUGGCUGACACCUGACACGAAUUGGGACAUUUUACAAGGACGGAAAAAAAGUGCGCGAACGCGAUGCACGUUCUAACCGACGCGCGAUAUUGCACGACUUGGCUAGAUCGCGAGAGGAUGUUACUCGAUUUAGGAAGUGACACACAUGCGAGACUGGGUAAGAUGUUCCCUCAAAUCAUGGAAAAUAUAGAACAACAGCGAGGCAGCUGUAUCCCUCGAUACCUCCCCUAUAAGAGUACAAAUUUUUCUAAUAUGAAUAAUCUAUAUCGAGCGCUGAAUAAAAUAUUAGACGACGAAGGCGUAACGAGGAAAGACAUAGAGCGAGAAAGAAAGAGAGCGAGAGAGAAAGAAAGAGAGAAAGAAAUAAUAAAUUAGAAAUGAAAAAGAAGAUUAUUAAUUAUUACUGAGCGCGAGAGAGUGAAAGGAAGAGAGCGACGAGAAGAGAAAAAAGAGUAAUAUUAGGCGAGAGAGAUAAUGUUUAACGAUGUUUUCCCUGGUGUAGGAAUUAUUACGAUAAACGAAUAUGAAAAUUAAAUGAAAUGGUUUAUAUGAUAAAUGUACCGCAUAAACUUACCUAGCGCUAGGUUCACUGAACGUUAACAUUAUUAGCGAAGUAUGAUAUACAAUAUACGCGCAUGUAGCUAUGUGUUAACGAUCCGGACUGCCAUUAGCACUUAAGGCGCGGCCCCACUGAUCCCCCCCUUGAAAUUCUCAGGAACAUUUUCAUCGAGGCUUCGCGAUAACUUUGAAAGCGUGCAACGAUGCAUGUCGAAUCUCGCGAUUCACGCGUGUCUCCCCCCUCCCCCUCAACCCCUACCCCGCUCUCCCUUCUCCCACAUACAUCCACACGGCGUAUAUAGAUUUUUAUAAAUAUAACAUGUAUAUGGACAAAAGAGAUAAUUUCCGUUUUGCUAUAUCAUAUCGAUACGUAUAUCAAUACGCACGUCAAGUUUUACCUCAAUGCCGGCGAUUUCAGAGUUAACUCGAUCGCUUUCUCGAUGCUAAUCUCGUUGUUGACAGUCGUCCCUUGCGGUAGGGUAACGCUCGCGAGCGGGAAUCGCUCGCAGUAUUACGGAAUCUUUGUCGAGCUGGUCUUAAGUGACAUGGUAAUUUAACCACGAAGUGAACGAAAACGCAUAUUACGGGAGCCGCGCGUGAGUUAAUUCACGUGCAGUUAGACAUGUAAGCUUCGGAAAAUCAGUAUCGUAUAGUUAGAGCUCUCGGUGUGUUUAUUGCAUGCACCCGCCUAUGGAUAUAGACGAGAGAAUACCGGUAAUCUAUUUAAAGAAUUAUCUCUUUCUAGCUGUUUCCCCCCUUUACGAUGCAUUAUCUAUAUGGGAUAUGUACACGUAACCGACACACGCAUUACACGUUACAUCGUUACACAGAUUCGCCAACACCUUAGUGGAACUUCCCGUGUAUGUACCUCCAUACGUGUAAACACGCAUACAUGCAAUUCACAUACAUCUAUUUAGGAGCAAUAAAUGAAAAUAAUAUCCGAGGUUUUGCACUUCGAUCGACAAGCGGCAAUCAAGAAAGAUAUCCGAAUGUUAAACAUCUAUGAAUUUAUCAAAAAAUUACAUCAAACAAAGGAAAACUCGUGCUCGAUCGAAUCCCAAACCAAAUUCUCCUCGAGUUGAUGUAAAAAUUAUCGAAUUCGAAGGUUCGAUCCCGCACGUUAUUUUUUACCGUAAGUGGCUUUCGUUCGUCGGUCGAUAGAAGUGCAUAUCGCCUCGUAAACGUAACUUGCAACUGCCGAAGAUAAGACUCGAGAAACAUAAUCUUUCCAGGGAGUUUUUUACCGAGAACGUUUUAUACGCUGUUUUUUGAAGGACCACACAUAAGUCCGCGCCGAGUAUUCGAAAUAAUAACAGAUUCGAGACUGAUCUCUGUUUAAUUGUCGUAUCAGCGUCAACGAUUCGAGGCGAAAAUUAACGGAGGAGGAGAGAGGAGGAUGGGUCCGGGGCGAUUGUCAAGCGGAAAGAUCUCGUGCGAUCGUAGACGACGAGCCGGGGGACAAAGUAUCGGGUACGAUUGAUUCCGACGGCGGACACCGGCGACCCAACGACUCCAUAUCCGAACCAUCAAGAAUUCCUUGAUCGUUCGAAUAUCCGUACGUAAGACUCGAGCGUUUGGUGGCCGAUCGAUGCCGUGGACUAAAAAGUGAGAAAUGGAAAGAGGAACACAGGCGUGAGACAAACGUAUACACAGAUAUAUAGAUAAAUAUAUUUUUGAUAAAAAUCUAUUCGAAAGUGACUUGCAAAAAAAAAUGUGGGACGGGAAAGGGCGCGUAUUUAAAAACGUAGAUCGUCGUCCUCGGCCGUGGAUUUUUCGCAUUUACGAUGAAAUUUUAUGAACCUGGGAAAACAGCGAGCUCUCUCCACCUCGCUCCUCCCUCGUCAAAUUCUCCUCGAAGACGCAUGCAAUAAAUCAAGAACGUCGACGUAUCUGGAUAAUCAAUAAAUACAUCUUUUUUCGAGACUAUUGAUAUCUAUGAGGUCUACUGAUUCCGCGAUAUAUCGCCGCAAUCGAAUUUAAUCGAUUGCCGCCGUUAACACCGAAGGACGUUACUUGUCUAUUGUCGAGCUUCGGUUUUCGAAAUUGUUCUAGGCAGAUCUAAGCUUAAUAUAUUUCCACGCGAGAAAUCGCAAAAAUACAUUUACGGACCGAUACGCAUAUAACGCAUAUCGACAGAUCGAGUGACCGUUUUUUCGAUCGUCUCGCUGUCGGAAUGCUGCUAUACACGCCACUGAAACUGUGAAUAAAAUGAAAGAGUAUACACACAGAGGAAACGUAUAAUGUGCACACAGGAGAGACACACACAAGAUACACUACAUUGUACGAUCGGCACUAUUUCCUUAGCGCUUGCCAAACUCUUAUUAUGAUCAUUCUAUCGUUAGAGUAUAAGAGUUGAUAUUUAAUAAUUCGUAUUGUAAUUGUAUGCGAUUAUAUUUGUUUGGUUGGCUUGAGGGCGAGAGUCUAACUCGGGUUAUUAGAUACUACGCUGUACCUUUAGCUGGCGGGUCGCUGACAGUAAUUGUCAUCUUUGCUCCACAGAAUGACGAAAGGGAUUCCCGUAAUAAUCACGAGUUUAUUCAGAUUGUUAUAGUUUAAGUUUCGACAUCGUAUUGUCAUCCAGAUUCUCGAGUAUGACGUAAUGUUAAUCCAAAUAAAAGGUAUAAAGUAUAUGCUGUUUCUUUCUUUGUGCUGAAAGUUGUACAUGUUUGUGAGUUUUAACAUAAUUCGUAUAUAAUAUAUGUAUUGAUUCAUUGAGAAAGCAUUUGUAUAAUGUUCAAAUGUAUAAGUUCCUUUACGAGCUCUCAUUUAUAUUGCAUGUUGAACAUAUAAUUAUGAUAUGUGGAUAGGUAGGACUUAAGAAGAAUAUAUUUGGUAUUAAGAUAUUGGUUGUGAAAAUAAAAAAAAACGAGAGAUGUUUGCUUUGUAAACUUGCGUCGCUCCAUCUUGUAGCGAGCGACAAUUGACGAUGACGCUGCAACGCGUCGAAUUGUUGACGAGUUCAUACGUUGCGCGGACGUGCUUUCGACUGAUGAGCUCAAGUUAAAACUAUUAGGCGAAGACAACGCGAGGAAUUCCUUCGUGAGGGCGAACAUCGAGCGCUGGCCGUUGUAAAUGUUCCCGAUAGCGAUUGCUCGCGCGUGUUUCGAGGAAAAAGGAAAUGCUUACUAGGCGAAUGACAGCGAAUAAAUAUGAAUGAUAAGAAACGAGAUUGUCUGAUGAUGCGAUAUUCGUCGAGCUGGCGUUCGCCACGCCAAGCAACGUUGGCUGGCACGGCCCGAUCUCGAACAGUCGUCAGUCGAGAACACGUCCGUCGAGCGUGCGAACAGAGAUGGGAGAAAGAUCACGGAAUCGUUAAGGGAGAUGCACGCGGUGCACCCGCCAGCGACUUUGAGGGGAAGAUAGACGCACGAAAAAAAAGAAGAAACACACAAAGCGGAAAGUAAAACGAAGGGUGAGAAUCGCGUUUGAGAAAAAGAGAGUAUAUAAUAAUAUCGAUAAGCUGUGUUUCGAUCGAGAGCUAGUGCUUAACACAACAAUCCCCGAAUCGUUUCUCCGAGCGUGAUCGAUCUCGUUUGCACAGAAAGCCUCGCAAAACGCGCGUUUCGAGUCCUUCGCGCGCGGGCCUAAGGACUAAAAGCGCGAGGCGAAAGAUGGGGGGAUCUCGGAGAGGCGAUUUGACAUACACAUUUACACACGUACACACGUAGUAGACAUUUAAUACUUUAGUCAGGAAACAAUCGACGGUCGUUCGACCUCCUCGGGGUCCGACCUCGGGUCAAGGUCCGUCGCACGGGGCGACGGAGGUCGACCAACCUGUCGUCUACGUCGCACUACACGAGUUUGCGUUAAUUAAUCAAUGCUCUACUCUCAGAGCGGAGGACACGGUCAAUAUGGGUCCUGGCAGUUUCGGGCUUAAGCGUCCUCCCUUCCCGCGGCCGCUCUCUCUCUCUCUCGCGUCACCGGGGCCUAUCCUUCCUUCUGGUCCUGGGGCGCGACGCGAGGCACCGCCGGGGAGGUAUUUUAAGCGAAAGGACGAACAGGAAGUACACUGUAAGCAUUAGCGCAUUACGCGGCUACGCCUAGAUUUAAAAUGCGGUGGAAAAAAAAA